CUGGCCAGUGUACCAACCUCCACCUACCGAGUCAUCUUUACCCAUCCAGCCACAGCACCAACCUGUAACUGCCUGGCCACAGUACCAGGUUCCAGUUUCCCAGUCAUCGCCACAUAAACAUCCAUGUUACGAGCAUCCACCUACCCAGCUGCUCCACCAGUAUGUACCCACUCUGUCUCCAGUCACACAUCAUUCCAACCUUUCACAGUAUCCAAAGCAUCACAAGGCACUGCCCACAUCUUCAGACCUGUCAGAACAACCUGUUUUGGUGAAUUUAGAUCACCAAAGACAGCCACCAGCUCCUACUGUGACACCCAAAGAAAGCUUUCUCAAAAUGUUGUACAGUCCAAACCAAGAAUCUGCUGUUCUUGGGGACCACAGCCAGCCUAGUACGUCUGAACUUGACACUUCUUCAAGCUCGUCAUCUGCGGAUACUUUCAUCAUCGAGCGUGAUCCACUUCCAGAAUCUGGAGAGCCAAUUUUCAGUUUGCCUGAAUCAAGAGAAGACAGGUCAUGGAAGCCAUGCAGGGCAUGCAAGGCAGAGAUGGAAAAAUUAGUGGAGGAGAAGGCCAAACUGCAGGAUGUGCUGUGCGGUAUAAGUGGUGAGCACCUGGAGGCAUUAAAAAGCUUUCUGAACAAAGUGGAACAGAUCCAACCGCAGGCUGAUGUUGGGGCUCCAAAACACAGAUCUGGAAAGCAAGAGCUGUAUCCAGAAAGUGGCCUAUUCGUGUCUUCUACCCGCCUGGCUGCAAUACAUGCAGAAGCAAAGAAGGACUGCCUCAGAUUGUUCCAUCUUCUUUUUGAUGAGUUUUUUACUGCAGAGGAGUGCCGAAAUGCUGUGGCCUUUGGGAAGCACGGGAAGGUGCCAGAUGGGAAGACAGUCCUGGAUAAGUUCAAAGUCAGUGGGAUUCUAACUUACAUCAUGCGCUGUAGUACCCUGGAUGGAUGGACACCGGUGGAGAAAAGUAAGGUCAAAAAAGCCUUCAUAAACAAAUGCCGCAUCAGGGCCACAACGCUGUAAAGUAUUUCAUGUGGCAUACUGAUGUAUGUUCAAUGUUCCAUGUUCAAAAAAGCCCCUGUAUGCAAAUGCUGCAUGAGGGCCUUAAAGACUCUAAAGUUGUUAAAUGUUGUGCAAUGUGCACUGUUGUAAACUUGUGCUGAUACUGCUCAAAACACUGUUGGAGACAUUGUUACUGUUUUAAAAACAUACUUUUACUGAAAAGAGACGCAUUUAUAGUACAGGCAAUGUGAGAAUAGCUUUUGCUGUCUUUCAAUGUUAACUUUAUUGUAAACAUUGUUAUUGUGAAUGUUAUUACAGCUUCUUGAAAUACUCAAAAUACUCAGUCAUUGUACUUAACAAUUGAGUCCUGCUGUUUUGAAUUUGAAUAAAGAUUCAGAUUAC